AUGGAAACCGAAGAAAACAACCAACUGGCCUUUCUCGAUGUGCUUGUCAAGAGAAAUGGAGACCAUUUGGAUCACAGGGUGUAUCGAAAACCCACUCAUGCAGACCGGUACUUACACAAAUUGUCAAAUCAUCAUCCAAGCCAAAAACAGGGGAUUAUCGGAGCAUUAGCAAAUAGAGCAAGACGCAUUUGUGCUAAGGAUCACAUACAAGAGGAACUAAGUCACUUAAAUAAAGCCUUUCUUGCUAAUGGGUAUAAUGAGAAAGAAAUAAAGGCGGCGCUAGCACCUAGCCAGAGGAGACUUGACAUCAAUGAACAGAAUAACACUGUUAAUAAGGCCUUCCUUCCAUAUGUCUCCCAGGUCACCGAUAGGAUUGGAAAAGUUCUCUGGAAACAAAACAAUAUACAAACCUACCCGGAAAAUAAAGGACUGCUUGAGACCAGCCAAAGAUAA